UCACUCACGCUCUGCCUCUUUGUGUCUUGUGCUCUGAAUGCACUUGUAAGUUUAAUCUCCGCUAAGGAGGAGGAGGAGGAGCGCCAGUGCAUUUGAGGUAUCUCAGUAGCUGUCAGAUACAGUGCUCACAGGAGGAGGCAUGAGAAGACGUCUUAUCCAUUGCGUCAGUUUGUUACUUUAUGUUUGAAGUCUGCUUCAAGUGUUGGCGCUCACAAGUGUUCUGAAGCAGUGAGCUGAGAUUACAAAGAAACCAGUAAGUGUGUUUGGAUAUGCAGCGUCUUUGAUCGGAGGAUUUGAAUGCAAAGAAAAACCGCUGAACCUGAGAAAGGAAAUAAAUUAGGACUUUUCUUAUGUGAGAUGGGAGCCGUGCAGGUGGUCUUGAGCAGCGGGCUACGUGAUAAUCGAGCUGUGAACUUCAUGUACCGGUCGGGGAAGCAGUGAAAUGAGUCGCGGGCAUCGCUUUAUAAGCUCUUUGCCUGUCUAGUUGAGCGAGUCAAGCUUCAGUUUGAUCAGCCCUCCUGAUAUUCUCAGAGCACGAGUCGCAGCGCAUUGCACAGUCCAGCAAGACCGAGGAACUUUUAAAUUUGCUCUCCAGAGGAUCUGGAUCUGGCUGACUUGGCUUUGUUUCUUGGCGACCCUUUGCACUCUUUCACUGAAUUUUCUCUGUGAUAACCGUGCAUCCUCUGAGACAGGAUGCAGGUGUCGUUUGUUUGCACGGACCACCGGUCCAUGAGCCGUAGCACAGAUGACAGGCUCAAUCGACAAAACGCUAACAGUCCAAGCACUGGUACCCGAAGCAAGUUCAAAGCCGUGGCCAUGGUGGCCAGGAGCCUCGGGCAGCUGUCCGUCCAGAGCGUCCCUUCUUCAAGUGACCAAAGCAUGAGAACUGGCAUGAAGUAUAGAAACCUGGGGAAGUCGGGCCUGAGAGUCUCAUGUCUUGGAUUAGGAACAUGGGUGACGUUUGGAGGACAGAUCACAGAUGAGAUUGCAGAGCAGCUGAUGACUCUGGCAUACGAGAACGGGAUCAAUCUGUUCGACACGGCAGAGGUCUAUGCUGCAGGAAAGGCAGAGAUGGUGCUGGGCAACAUCAUAAAGAAGAAAGGAUGGAGACGCUCCAGUUUAGUCAUUACAACCAAAAUAUUUUGGGGUGGAAAAGCAGAGACUGAGAGAGGGCUAUCAAGAAAACACAUUAUAGAAGGUUUGAAGGCAUCAUUGGAGAGACUGCAGUUAGAAUAUGUGGACGUAGUGUUUGCAAACAGACCAGACCCCAACACACCCAUGGAAGAGACUGUGCGGGCGAUGACCCAUGUGAUCAAUCAGGGAAUGGCGAUGUACUGGGGAACGUCACGCUGGAGUCCGAUGGAAAUCAUGGAAGCGUAUUCUGUGGCCCGACAGUUCAACCAGAUCCCACCAAUCUGCGAACAGUCAGAGUAUCACAUGUUCCAGAGGGAGAAAGUGGAGGUGCAGCUUCCCGAGCUCUUCCAUAAGAUCGGUGUGGGUGCGAUGACAUGGUCUCCGCUGGCCUGUGGGAUAAUCUCAGGGAAAUACGACAGUGGGGUGCCGGCCUACUCUCGCGCCUCACUGAAGGGCUACCAGUGGUUGAAGGACAAGAUCUUGAGCGAGGAGGGCCGACGCCAGCAGGCGAAGCUGAAAGAGCUGCAGGCAAUCGCUGAGCGGCUGGGCUGCACGCUGCCACAGCUAGCCAUCGCGUGGUGCCUGAGAAAUGAAGGUGUGAGCUCUGUGCUCCUUGGAGCCUCCAGCACGGAUCAGCUCAUGGAGAAUAUAGGAGCAAUACAGGUUCUUCCAAAGUUAUCCUCCUCCAUCGUGCACGAGGUGGACAGUAUCCUGGGCAACAAACCCUACAGUAAAAAGGACUACCGCUCCUAGUGUGGAACCGGACGAGACCGGAUGCUCCACACCCACCUUUGCCUGAUCCUCCGUUCGCUUCAGCUUUUACUGAAUGAGUACCGGCCGCAUGAGACGGGCAAGCACCCACAAACCCUGGAGAGCAAGACUUUUAGAACACAAAGGGCAAGAAACGUGAAAAAUACACAAAACAAACAAACAAAAAAAGACAUCACUGACUGAGGGGAUGAAAUGCAGGAUAGAGAGCAAUGCAUUGAAGAUAAUGUGCUUACGGAUUCAUCCGUGUGGGUACUUUAAAACCAGAUCAUUAGGGUGAUUAAGAACAAAAUAAAAAAAUGAUAUGCUUAACAAAAAUUUUCAAAAAUAACACGCUUGCUUGGUUGCUGGAAAUAUUCAGUUUUUCUCUUUGCUUUUUUUUCUUUUCUUUUUUUGUAUUGAAUGCAUAAAUGGAGCUCAAGCUAAAAUAGGUGAUCCAUAGCCACUUCAUGUGACCCAUUUGGGUUUGCACACAUCGGUGUCCUGGCCCAGAACUCUUCACUGUGUUGUCUGCGUUAUGUAUACACACGCCCCCCUUUCGCAGGCAAACCAAUAAGCACUUUAAGAGAGGGAGUGGCUUUGUGAAAACUGAUUUAAAAGCAGCUCCACUCUAGUGUGGAACGGGGCAAAAAUCAAUCGCUUUUCCUUAUUCUGCACAGGGCAUUGCUCUUCACUGUUUAGCCUCAAAAUACAGCCCUGGCUUCUCGCGUGUCAUUGCUUUGCUAACAGGGCCGCCAGAGAUCACUCCAUCAGAUGUGCUUUUGGAGGGCAGCUGUCUGUGUGACUGCUGAAGAUCGCUGCAGACUGAGGGCCAUGAGCCUCGGAGGUCUUCCAUCCACAGUAGCCUGCUCCCAGCACACAUUUAGUGCACUGAUAUUACAGUUACACAUGCAGAUUUAUUAGAGUUUAAGUGUAGAUUGAAUUAUCUGAAGUACUAAUCGGAUAAGCAUGCUUCAAAAGUAUUUAAUGCAAUUACUGCAAAAUUUUACAUCUGAAGAGUGAAUGUUAAGAAACGUCAAAACAUGUUCUGGUCAUAUUUCACCUCAAAAUCAAUACCUAUAUACAAUAUAAUAUAAGAUAUACAAAAUAAUUCUACUUAUUAUUUUAGGACCAUUACAAUUGAUUUAUUAAUUUAGUUGUGACCAUUUUCAUGAUAAUUUUCUCUACAAAUUGUGAAGUGUAAUGUUGUACUUUUAAUUUUUUAAAAGUGUUCUGGCAUGAUGUGUUACAGUAAUAUGAUUUAUUUUAUAUAUAUAUAUAUAUUUUUUUUUUUUUUUUUUUUUUUUUAAUAAUUUAUUCAUGGAAAUAAAUCACACAAUAAUGCAAAAAAAACUUUGAUGGUCCUAAAAUAUAUACGUAAGAUAUUCAGUACAAAAUUAGAAUACUUAUUAGGACCAUUACUUUACUUUUUUUAUUUAUUUUAUUUUUUAUUUUUGGCAUUGUGAUCAUUUUCAUGAUAAUUAUUACAUUUUUCCUACAAGUUGUCUAAUUUUAUGUGUGUGUGGGGGGGGGGGGAAUAUAUUUCUAAUUACUGGAACGCGCAUAUGUAUAUCCUGCUAAUAUUUGUCUGUUUUUUUGUUGUUGUUGUUUUUAUAAAUGAGUCACAAUGCAUUACAGUAAUAAGAUUUUUUUUUUUUUCAUUUUAUUUUAUUUUAUUUUUUAUUAGAAAAAAUAAAAGUGAGAGAAAAAUAAUAAUUCAUGGGAAAAAAAAAAGGUAUAUGUAUAAAAAUAUAUAAGAUAUUCCAUACAAACAUAGAUCACUUAUUUUAGGACCAUUACAAUGUUUUUUUUUUUUUAUUGUUUUUUUAAUCUUAAAUUUUUUUUUAUUGUGACUUGACCAUUUAAAUGGUAAUUAAGCACAUUUUUCCUACAAAUUGUCUUUGUUAUACGUUAUGUUAUGUUAUAAUAUAUAUAUAUAUAUAUAUAUAUAUAU